AUGGCGAUUGUGCACUACUUUUUUUUAUUUCCCCCCUACUAUAUGUUUAAAGGACAAUCAGCACUCAUUACAGGGGCAUCUAAAGGCAUAGGAUUGGCUAUAGCUAGUAAGCUUGCUGCUCAGGGCGCGUCAAUUACAUUACUAGCUAGAAAUGAGAGUCUCUUACAGCGAUCUGUGCGACAACUUCCUAGGGAAUACAAUCAACAGCAGCACUCAAUUCAAGUGAUGGACUUGCUAACACUUGUAGAGAAGGACUGUGACUUGUCUCAGUUCCAAGAGAAACUCAAAAACCAUACAAUUUUAGUCAAUUGUGCUGGUGUGACGACGCAUUCACUUUUGCAAAGAACUAGUCAACAACAGAUUAUGGAUACAGUCAACCUCAACCUCACGGUUCCCAUAAUACUAAGCCAUCUAUGCAUCAAACACAUGUUACGACAACGCAAGCAGAAUCCGUCAAUUUUAAACGUUUCGUCGGUGUUGUCAUUGACUGAACAUGUUUUACCCGGAACAUCAGUGUAUGCUGCUUCCAAAGCUGGUCUCUUGGGGUUCACAAAGAGUUUAUCGAAUGAAUUGAAGGGCAGAAUACGAGUAAAUGCUCUUCUUCCGGGACUAGUGAAGGAAACUGAUAUGGGUAUGAAUGUUAACAGUGGCUUGGAGCAAGUAUCGUUGGAUGAAGUGUCCAACAAAGCAGUUCAAGUGUUGAGCGACUUGUCAAUGAAUGGUGAGUGUGUAGUUGUAGAAUAA